AGACAGAGGUUUGUGCUUGCCGGGGGGACAGCCCGCUGGGGAAGGGCAGGGGGCGCAUUUGGGUGGGAGCUGCUGAGGCAGGAUGCUGAAGCCCAACAAACAAGCUGUUGCCUCCAGACUGGAGCUGCCUAAGUGGACAGCGGUACCAAGCCAGGCUUCAGAUUAUGAAGUCCGGCAGCAUGAACCAGCUAAAUGGGUUGCCACUUCUGUUAAAUCAAUGGACUAUGAUUCAGCUGUCAGCACUGGCUUCAUGAAGCUCUUUGACUAUAUUCAGGGCAAGAAUGAGAAAGGGAUGAAGAUAGAGAUGACAGCUCCAGUAACAUGCCACGUGGAACCUGGUGCAGGCCCAUUCUGCGAGUCCACUAUUACAGUUUCUUUUUAUAUACCAUCUGAUCAUCAAGCUGAUCCACCUAAGCCAUCUGAGUCAGAUAGUUUCAUUGAAAACAGACCAGAAAUGACUGUGUUUGUCAGGUCCUUUGGAGGAUAUUCCAGUGCCACAAAGAACCAAGAAGAACUACUGACACUAGCAGAAAAUUUGAAGCGGGAUGGGAAAGUGUUUGAUGAAAAGGUCUAUUAUACUGCUGGCUAUGACAGCCCUUUUAAAUUGCUUAAUAGACACAAUGAGGUGUGGCUUAUCAAGAGAAAUGGAAACCCCAGCAAUCAAGAAUAGGAAACAAAAUGCUUUCUUUAGAGACAGAAGUUCAGUUUAUUCAGACAUUUUUUUUUGCCUGGGAAUUGUAUAUAAUUGUUUUUAACAUAUAGACAGAUUAUAAUCUAUCAGAUUUCAAAUGUGUCUCUUCUAGAAUGACAGUACAAUUUCCCCCAUUCUGUCAAUUGUAUGAGAGUGAUCACACUUUCAGUUAGAGUAGAAAGCCAUGAAAUUUUUCCUGUUUUCCUGUUCCUUCCACUUCACACCAUGUUCCCUAUUUCCCUCUCUUUAAAAUCCAUCACUGCAAUUUAGCACACACCUAGAGAGGUUGCUACAGCAUAACACAGGGAACUCUUCCUAUGUAUUCUGUGGCUACACUCUUUACUGCAGAACCUAUCCCUCACCACAGAACUGCGCUUCACAAUAAGCUUUUAUUUAUUUUUUUUAGGAAAAUCUGUAUCUGCAGUGGUUGUGUAGAAAACAAGAACUUAGUGUCUUUGUCUGCAACCAGCAGAAAAACAGUAAUUGAGAGGUUUGAACAGCCUCAAUCAUCUCAGUGGGUUAUUACCUCAAAGAUGACAGUUUACAUAUCAAUAUUAACUAUCAUAGAACUGGAAGGGACCUCGAGAAGUCAUCUAAUCCCGUCCCCUGCACUCAAGGCAGGACUAAGUAUUAUCUAGACCAUCCCUGACAGGUGUUUGUCCAACCUGCUCUUAAAAAUCUCCAAUGAUGGAGAUUCCACAACCUCUCUAGGCAAUUUAUGCCAGUGCUUAACCACCCUGACAGUUAGGAUGUUUUCCCUAAUGUCCAACCUAAACCACCCUUGCUGCAGUUUAAGUCCAGUGCUUCUUGUCCUAUCCUCAGAGGUUAAGAACAAUUUUUUUCCCCUCCUUCUUGUAACAACCUUUUAUAUACUUGAAAACUGUUAUCAUGUCUCCUCUCAGUCUUCUCUUCUCCAGACUAAACAAACCCAAUUUUUUCAAUCUUCCCUCAUAGGUCAUGUUUUCUAGAUCUUUAAUCAUUUUUGUUGCUCUUCUCUGGACUUUCUCCAAUUUGUCCACAACUUUCCUGAUAUGUGGAGCCCAGACCUAGACACAAUACUCCAGUUGAGGCCUAAUCAGUGCAGAGCAGAGCGGAAGAAUUACUUCUUGUGUCUUGCUUACAACACACCUGCUAAUACAUCCCAGAAGUAUGUUUGCUUUUUUUUUUUGCAACAAUGUUACACUGUUGACUCAUAUUUAGCUUGUGGUCCACUAUGACCCCCAGAUCCCUUUCCGCAGUUCUUCUUUUCCUAGGCAGUCAUCCUGCUAAUGGGCUUAUCUAUAGCACAACUAUGGAUUGUCAAAAGAAAAAGCUGAAAGGGGAACAAAUGCAAACUAAGAUAUGAAAAAGGGCAACUGUCUCAAUUUUUGUUUUCAUGUUUAAUUUAAUCAACUUUUAAAAAUGAAUGUAGUUGCUGUGGUAUUUCCAGUCUGCCACACGAGGGAGGCCUUGCUGUAAAAUGUAAGUAAAACUUAGGUUCAGCUCACCUUGGGCUACUCAGAUUCUUGCCCAUAGAGAUCAAAUAGGCUGUUGACUGGAGCAGCUGAGUUUGAACUUUGACAGCAUAUAGUGUGCCAGCACUGGACUGCCAGUCCAUUUUUAUAAACCUUAAUUUAGUGCUUAUGAUAGUUGCUGUAUUGGCAGCAGCAAGGAGAGCAAGUCAUCUCUCCCCAGUGCAGGGCAAACUACUCUGUACUACCCUGCCAAUGCCUGACUAAUCCUCCUGUCUAUUUAAUCCUGGGCCUCUAUGCCAAGUCUGCCAGCAAGGAUGCCUGGUACUGAGAAUUAUGUUGGCACCUGUGAAUCGUGGACGUUCCUUCACUGCAAGUUCAGCCGAGACCACUUACGCAUUUCUUGUUGGCCACUGAACAGCCAUCAUAUGGUAACAGCUUUACACUUGCUAGAGUAUAGACAGUGAUACAACAUAACCAAACUAUUACUAUCAAGGUCUGGGUAUUUUUAGCCUCAAAGCCUCCAACAUUUGCCUUUUGAAAUACAUUGUUUGCUUUAUGGUACUAGUCCAGGCACUUAUAUAUCCAGUGUUAGUAUAUUCAAGUAAUUUCAAUUGUUACCUUUACUUUUUACACUAGGAUUGAUAUAUACUUUCAUGGUGACUACUGAUGCGUUAACUUCAAAAGCUUUUAUCCUUUGACUAGAUUAUCAGUCCAAAUUAGCAAAAGUACGUAAGGCAAUUCACCAUCCUUAAAUCGGCACAUUGUUGCAAUCUCCUGUUUUAGGAGAGCUGGUUAGGAUUGGCUUUAGAAUCCAUCAAACCUGCUUCUAAACGGACACAGAAAGUAGCUGCCUGGAACUAGAAGCACCCUCUAACCCCAGAAUCUUCAUGCUCUCACCUUUUAAAAAAUGAAGCGUUGUUCCAGAAGUUAAUUUCACUUAAAGUAAAAUAACAUGUAUUUGUUUAACACCAUGCUUGUACAGGGUCCUUUCCAAGCAAAUUAGAAGUCUUAAGUUCUGCCCUGAGGAGUUUACAAUCUAUAUUAGACUGACAAUGAAGAGGCCAUGGUAGAAAAGGGGAUUGGGCAGGAGACAACAGAAGAUAAUAGCAAGGGAUUGCUGCAGCUGCAUUAUUUAUUUAUUUAUUUUUUGCAGUGGGCUCAGAACAGAUAAACCUAUUUUGUUUCACUUCUUGUUUGCUAUAAGGUUUUUUUCUUUCAGUUUAAACUUCUGAGUUUCCCGAGCUUUUUAGUGUUCCUAAAAUUGUUAUUGCCACAGACACAAUAACGUCAGGCUUUUAUUAAAAAUUAAUCUGAGGUAUAAAUUUUAGAUCUAAUAUAUAAGUAUGUACUUUUUAAACCUAUAUCUUUUGCUGGAUUUCUUUUCCUAUCUUGGUUCUACAGUAGUUAGGAUUUCUGCUGUCUAAUACAGUUCUAAAAUCUGGUUCAAUCAGGGUAGUACAUUACAGAGGAAAGGAACGAUAUGGUGGGAUAUUCGCUAUACAGAUUGGAAUUUGCUGGUAAAGGGCCUGAUCUGCCACUGAAAUUAAUGGAAGUUUCCACUGACUUCACUGGGGAUUGGCCCCAAAAGGUUGUUUGAAAAAAAGUCAUUGGAAUGUUUAUCAACAAAGUGCCUAAGUAAUUUAUGUGAAUGAAAUGUACUUAUUGCAUAAUGGAGUGCUACAAAAUUAUUUACUCUCCUUCAGAGCAAUAAAUUACCUGACACUUCGACCUUUAACAUCA